AUGUCGGCGAGAGCUCACCCUGUGGACGGAGAUGUAAGUCCGACGACGGACGGUGGAGAUCUUCCGAUCAAAUCGUUGUCUUACCGGCAUAAAGUCGGGGUCCCACCGAAGCCAAACAUGUUCCAUGAUUUCAUGUAUACAUUCAAAGAAACUUUCUUCCACGAUGAUCCUCUUAGACAUUUUAAAGAUCAACCUAAGUCCAAGCAGUUCAUGCUCGGUCUCCAAUCCGUCUUCCCGGUCUUCGAUUGGGGACGGAACUAUACUCUUAAGAAAUUUCGAGGCGAUCUCAUCGCCGGUUUAACCAUCGCUAGUCUCUGCAUUCCUCAGGAUAUUGGAUAUGCUAAGCUUGCGAAUCUUGAUCCGAAAUAUGGUUUAUAUUCGAGUUUUGUUCCUCCAUUGGUGUAUGCUUGUAUGGGGAGUUCGAGGGAUAUAGCGAUCGGACCAGUCGCUGUGGUUUCUCUGCUGCUAGGUACUCUGCUUCGAGCUGAGAUCGAUCCAAACACAAAUCCUGAAGAAUAUCUCCGUCUUGCCUUCACAGCCACGUUUUUCGCCGGUCUCACUGAAGCAGCCCUAGGACUCUUUAGAUUAGGGUUCUUGAUCGAUUUUCUUUCCCACGCGGCUGUGGUUGGCUUCAUGGGCGGUGCAGCCAUUACUAUAGCUCUUCAGCAGCUUAAAGGCUUCCUCGGGAUCAAGAAAUUCACCAAGAAAACCGAUAUCAUCGCUGUUCUUGAUUCGGUCUUUAGCUCUGCUCAUCACGGCUGGAAUUGGCAGACUAUACUCAUCGGUGCAUCCUUCUUGACCUUCCUUCUCAUCUCUAAGUUCAUCGGGAAGAAGAGCAAGAAACUAUUUUGGAUUCCAGCGAUCGCGCCAUUGUUAUCCGUUAUCAUUUCAACCUUCUUUGUCUAUAUAACCCGAGCCGACAAACAAGGAGUUCAAAUCGUGAAACAUCUUGACGACGGCAUCAAUCCUUCCUCUUUUCAUAAAAUCUACUUCUCCGGCGAUUACCUCGUUAAAGGCAUCCGUAUCGGUGUAGUAGCAGGCAUGGUCGCCUUAACAGAAGCUGUAGCGAUUGGAAGAACGUUUGCUGCAAUGAAAGACUACCAAAUCGAUGGUAACAAAGAGAUGGUAGCAUUAGGAGUCAUGAACGUGAUCGGUUCGAUGACCUCUUGCUAUGUAGCGACCGGCUCGUUCUCAAGAUCAGCUGUAAACUUCAUGGCUGGAUGUCAAACCGCGGUUUCGAACAUUAUAAUGUCAAUCGUCGUUUGCUUGACAUUGCUCUUCCUAACUCCUCUCUUUAAGUACACUCCAAACGCGAUCCUCGCAGCUAUCAUCAUCAACGCGGUGAUUCCUUUGAUCGAUAUCCAAGCUGUGAUUUUGAUCUUUAAAGUCGAUAAGCUCGAUUUUAUCGCUUGUAUGGGAGCUUUCUUUGGUGUCAUCUUUGUUUCCGUUGAGAUUGGACUUCUUAUUGCCGUCUCUAUAUCGUUUGCUAAGAUUCUCUUGCAAGUAACAAGACCUAGAACCGCGGUUCUGGGAAAUAUCCCCAGAACUUCGGUUUACCGGAAUAUUCAACAGUAUCCUGAAGCCACUAUGAUUCCAGGCAUACUCACUAUUCGUGUUGACUCCGCGAUUUACUUCUCCAACUCAAAUUACGUUAGAGAAAGGAUCCAACGAUGGUUACUAGAAGAAGAAGAGAAAGUAAAAGCAGCAAGCCUACCAAGGAUUCAGUUUCUAAUCAUCGAAAUGUCACCUGUUACGGACAUUGAUACUAGUGGUAUCCACGCUUUAGAAGACUUAUACAAAUCUCUCCAAAAAAGAGACAUUCAGCUGAUUCUAGCGAAUCCUGGACCGUUGGUGAUAGGAAAGCUACACUUGUCGCACUUCGCCGACAUGUUAGGACAUGAUAACAUCUUUCUUACGGUGGCUGAUGCCGUCGAAUCUUGCUGUCCAAAACUCUCGGACGAGGUCUGA